CAUCUCCCCACCGGCGUUUUUCAUUCAUUUCGUUUCCUCUGGUUUUAUAUCUGCGUGGGUAAAAAAGGUGACGGCGGGGUGAAGACAGCAUCAAACAGAGUACACUGCGUGCGCGCGCGCCCGUGUCUGUUCCUCCUCUUCCUCCUCCUCUUCCUCCUCCUCUUCGUCCUCAGCGUGGAGGUGCGGGGCCACUACUGGCUGUGCGGCUGCGGCACUGGAUGGAUGUGAGGAGCAUGUGUGCGGCUGAGGGAGCCUCGGGCGGAGCACACGGAGGGAAAUAAUUUGGAUUGUAUUUUUUUAUGUAUAUAUUUGAGCAGUCCGGUUGAUCGGUCACCUCCACCAGGACGAGAUGUCAAACUCAAACAAAAGCAAGAAGGACAAAGAAAUCCUGGCAGAAUAUGAGAGCCAAGUGAAAGAUGUGCGGGCCCAGUUGGCGGAGCAGCAGCGCUGCCUGGAGCAGCAGACGGAGAUGCGGGUGCAGCUGCUUCAGGACCUGCAGGACUUCUUCAGGAAGAAGGCCGAGAUCGAAACGGAGUAUUCCAGGAACCUGGAGAAGCUCGCAGAGCGCUUCAUGGCCAAAACACGCAGCACAAAAGAUCAUCAGCAAUACAAGAAGGAUCAGAAUCUGCUUUCUCCGGUUAACUGCUGGUACUUGUUGCUAAACCAGGUGAGGAGGGAGAGCAAAGACCACGCCACCCUCAGUGAUCUCUACCUGAACAACGUCAUCAGCCGUCUGACGCACAUCAGCGAGGAUUCGGCUCGGCUCCUGAAAAGGAGUAAAGAAAUCCUCCAGCAGCUGCAGGACGACCUCAUGAAGCUUCUGAACGAGCUUUACACGGUGAUGAAGACGUAUCACAUGUACAACGCGGAGAUGAUCAGCGCGGAGACCAAGCUGCGGGAGGCGGAGCGGCAGGAGGGCCGCGUGAAGGGCGUGUCCGGGUCGGGCGGCGGGGUGGAGCCUGUGUUCGGCCUGCGGAUAGAGGAGCGCCACCAGAGGCGCAACGCCGCCCGCAAGAUGGAGAAGAUGAGAGAGAAGAGGAAGGCGAAAUACUCGGAGAACAAACUGAAGACUCUGAAAGCCAGAAAUGAGUAUUUACUGACUCUGGAGGCGACCAAUGCCUCCGUGUUUAAAUACUACAUCCACGAUCUGCCCGACAUCAUCGACUGCUGUGACUUAGGGUACCACUCCAGUCUGAGCCGGGCGUUGAAGACCUACCUAUCCGCCGAACUGAGCCUUGAAGCCUCCAGGCGGGCGGGCCUGGAGGUGCUGGAGGGGGCUGUGGAGAACCUGGACCCGGCCCGCGACAGGCAGCGUCUGCUGGGCCUCUACCCUACUGCCUUCUGCCCACCGCAGCGCUUCGGAUUCCAGGCGCACAUGGGCGACACAACGACCCAGAUCGCCUCCCAGCCGCAGGUCCAGGCUGAGCUGUCGCUGCGCCUCACUCAGCUCCAGACCCGCCUGGCGUCCCUGAAGAUCGAGAACGAAGAGGUGAAAAAGACCUGGGGAGCCACUCUGACCACGCUGCAGGACAUGACGGUGCUGGACGACUGCGACGUGUCGCAGAGCUUCACCCACAGCCCGUCCUCCGAGUCGGUCAAGUCCAGCGUGUCGGACGGCUACCUGAACAAACCCAGUCUGGCCAAGAGACGAGCCAACCAGCAGGAGACGGAGCUUUUCUACUUCAAUAAGUUUCGCGAGUAUUUAGAGGGAAGUAAUCUCAUCUCGAAACUCCAGGCCAAACAUGACAUAUUAAAGAAAGCCUUAGCUGAGGGAUAUAAAUCUGAAUUACUGACUACCAGUCGUGGGCGGAAGAACUCCCAUAGCAAGCACCAGGAUUCAACUAAAGCCAUACCGCUGCUAGUGGAAAGCUGCAUCCGCUACAUUAAUCUACACGGUCUUCAGCAUCAGGGCAUCUUCCGGGUUUCAGGCUCACAGGUAGAGGUCAACGACAUCAAGAACUGCUUCGAGAGAGGUAACGACCCGCUCAUAGACGAGGAGAGCAACCACGACAUCAACUCUGUGGCCGGGGUGUUGAAGCUGUACUUCAGGGGUUUGGAGAACCCUCUGUUUCCAAAGGACAGGUUCAACGACCUCAUUUCCUGCGUCCGGAUGGAAAACCUGUAUGAGAGAGCUCAGUGCAUCAGGAAGAUCCUGCUGGGCGUCCCGAGGGCCACACUGGUGGUGAUGCGCUACCUGUUCGCCUUCCUCAACCACCUCUCCCAGUACAGUGAUGAGAACAUGAUGGACACUGGGAACCUGGCCAUCGUGUUCGGCCCCACCCUCCUGCCGACGCCCGACGCGCUGGACCAGGUGGCCUGCCAGGCGCACGUCAAUGAGGUCAUCAAAACGGUCAUCCUGCACCACGACAACAUCUUUCCCGACAUCAAGGAGCUUCCAGGCCCGGUUUAUGAGAAGUGCAUGACCGGCGACCAGUACUGCGAGAGUCCGUUCAGCGAGCCUGGGGCCCUGGAGGAGACCGAGCCGGACGCCGGUACCGAGACCCAGACCAGCGACGAGGCAGAGGGCGAGGCCGUGGAAGCGGUGGCCCGGUUCGACUACGUGGGCCGGUCCGGCCGCGAGCUGUCCUUCAAGAAGGGCGCGUCGCUGCAGCUGUUCCAGCGCGCGUCGCAUGACUGGUGGGAGGGCCGGCUGAACGGCAGCCGCGGCCUGGUGCCUCAUCAGUACAUCGUGGUGAAGGACAGGCGAGUGAACAGUCCCAAAUGGGCGGAUGCCAUGUCCGAUACGCUCAGCCAGAAAGCCGACAGCGACGGGGGGAGCAGCAGCACCGAGGACAAGCGGUCCCGCAGCGAGCUGAGCUCCCCGACCGACAUCAGACCGCCGGAGAACUUCAACAGCCACAGGAGGAAACGAACCGACGGUCUCUUCCGCCGCCCUCUCUGUCGCUCCAACGAUAACCACGGCAACAGCGGCGUGAUGGAGCGGAGCUCUCCGCCCGUGACGGGUCACUUCAGCCCCAGAGAUCUCCUCCUAGGGCGGGGCCAGGGCAUGACCCCGCCCCUCGACAGCCCGGAGCGCCGGCGCCGCUCCGCCGCCGUCACCAUGACGGUGAGCCGCCACGACUCGCUGCGGAGGCCGGAGGACACGCCCAUACGGCGCUCCAGCAGCGGGCAGCACAGCUUCAGCGACUCGCUGCGAUCCAGAGUGAUGGACGCCGAGACGCUGGCCCAGGACAUCGAGGAGACGGUGAGCGUCGCCCUGGGCGAGCUGCGGCAGCUGGAGCGGCCGGACCGCCGGCCGGCGCCUGACGUGGUUCUGGACACACUGGAUCAGGUGAAGAACGGCCCGGUCGCCAGCUGCUCCUCCGAGUCGCCUAGCCCUCACAGUACGCCCAGUACGCCGGGGACGCCCGGCACCCCGGGGACGCCCGGCACCCCCAGCCCGCUCAGCCCCAUGAGCCCCAUCAGCCCGCUGCCCGGCCCGCCCAGGCCCGCCAACCCGUCCCCCGACGCCCUGGGCUCUUUCAAGCCGGUGGCGGCUGCCCGCAUGGGCGCCCCGCUGCGGCCCCCCGCCCUGAGACCCAAACCCGCGGUGCCCCCCAAAAGCAGCACCCCGCCUCUGGCGCCCCCGCUGGACAAAUCCUGCACCAUGUGAGCCAAACCAGGCCGAAUCAGGCCGACCCGGGCCAAAACUGGGCCAGAAGGAGAUCAGGGUACCGCUAACGAUUCUAAUCAACACGAAGGUAGAAAGGGUAGGAAAGGCUUUUAAUGUAGUAACAAAUUAUAAUCUAUGACAUGACCUAUGAUAUGAUAUGCCAUGAUAUUUCUGUGUCGUCAGGUUGGUGUGUACUCUCUUGGUGUGUAGGAGUUUUCUUUCUCCAUGUAUCGAAGCAUUAAUCAAAGGUUAGCUAAAAGAACUGCUGGUGAGGCGGAAAGUCCCGUAAAACGUAGUUUCAGUGAAGUGAAUGUCGUGUCCCAGAAGACACCCGAUUGGCUGCUGCAUCCGCCGCCCGAUUGGUCGGCUAAUGGAGGACUUGGACGGUUUCCGCUGCUACGCUCAGCCUGGCGCUCGGUGACAGAAAAAACACAACUUUAAUGAAUGUGUUCAGCUUUUUAACGACUGUUCGGCCAUCUUUACUGAAUGUUGGGUGGCGGCCUUCUUGUGUUUGCAGGAGGCGGCGGCUCCUCCUCCGUUUGUUCUCGUUUGUUUGAGCGAGGCACUGGCUGCGUUUCCGUUGCAAACCUUUAUUGGUAUUAUACCCACAUCGAAAAAACACAAUUUCACAAUAAGAAACAAUUCAAGAAAAUCAGACGAAAUACGUUUGUUCACAUGGUAAGUCCAGUUGUUAAUCACAUGAUGCGAUGUUUCCUUCAGUUUGAUCAAAUAUGAUAAUUCCAAUACAUCUGAAAACCACCUCUUCCUAGUGCAGCAACUUUAAAAAAAUAUAUAAAAAUUGAGUUUUUUUAAAUUGCCGUGUUUCCAUUGAGCAAAUUUAUGUUCGUAAUUAAAAUUUGCUAAACUUUACAGACAAUGAAAACGCAGCUAUUAAUGACGUUUCUAUUACAAAUGUGUACAAAGCUCUGCAGAUAUUCUGCUAAUGUGGAGAGAAAAAACUAAUUCGUAAUCAUCCAUCCAUUAAGUAAAAACAAUUAAAAUCACACGUAAAUAAGUGGAAGGACGCCGUCAUCGUCUUACCACUUCCUGUUGUCUUCUUUGUUGUUUCCACCAGUAGUAACAUCCUGCUGUUGAUCACAUGACUUGUGUGAUGUGUUUCCAUCGCCUUUUUAUGAAAUACGCUAAUUUCAAAACAGCGGAAAAGACAAAUAAUCUGAGCGCAAAAACUAGAAAAACAUGUUUUUUCAAAACUGCCGUGUUUUAUUUAUUUUUGUCAUUUCAAUUUGUGCAAUUUUAAGGACAAUGUAAAAAUGUAAACGCAGCUAGUGCGUGUGUGUCGGUGUGUGUGUGUUCGCCCGCCCUCGUCGUGCUCCCCUGUAAGUGCAGAAUAGAUAAUUCAUGCCUGCCUUGAGUGCCACAACACACGACUGCAAGUCGACAACCUGAGUGCAAAAAGCAUGCCACCUCUUCUCUGUGUGUGUGUGUGUGUGUGUGUGUGUGUGUGUUACACUAAUGUCACUAGUUAACCUUAAAUUCUCCAAUAAGCUAACAGGGUGGGGCUCCGUGUGUGAAGACGCCCAAAAACUACACUUGAACAGCACAGUGAAUGUGAAGUGUUAAACUGGACCGGGCUCUGUGUGUGUGUGUGUGUGUGUGUGUGCGUGUGUGUGUGUGUGUGUGUUGGUGAAAGUGCCUUUUUUUUAAACCCUUGUGUUUUUUGGGAGUUGUGAAUCCACUCAUUUAGAAGAGGAUUAUAGAAACUGGGACAGAAGAAUUUAAGACUUUUUCACAGAAUUCAGAGGAAAAAACAAAUCUGUGUUUCGUCAGAAAUCAAAGUCUGAAAUAAAAGUCAGAAUUUGAUCUCAGAAUCCUGAGAUCAAAUUCUUAAUUCAAAAGAUUAAAGUCAGAUUUUUGUCUUUUUCUUAGAAUUCUAAAAUAUGAAUUCUUAGAUUAACGUCAGAAUUCUGUUUCCAGAAUUCAGAGAUUAAAGUCCUAAUUUCAGUUUUCGCCAGCGGCCCCAGUCCUCUUCCUUUCACUCGCGCAUGUCCUGACUGAAAGAGCAGCAGCACUCCAAAUGAGAUAUUCAUAAAAGUGUUUAGUAGAUUCCUGAAUUAUGACUUUAUCAUUAACCCAUUGUGACAUUGCACUUUGAUGUAUAGGAUUGUGUCCUUGGCAUGUAGCAUCAUGACAUGUUGGUGCAUUUUACCAGAAGGGGGAGCUCUCUCUGAAUGUGUUUGAUAACAGAAUCGGUUUCUGUCUGUCAGUGUUGCUGUAUUUGAAAGUCGGAGCUCAUAUAGCCAAAUGGAUUGUAUCAAUGUGUUGUAUUUAUAUCAUAAAUCAACCUGAAUAAAUUAGCAUUCAAGCCACAGA